AUGCGCUCUGAGGUUUUGGUGAAAGAAGUCGUCGACUUUCAGUGUGAAAUUCCAAACCAACAUAAUCAAUCGAUCCUGCUGAAACUAUUCAAGGUGGGCAACCGUAAAGACGUGUUUGGUGAAUACAGCCUCCCAGCUGGAGAAACGACUGGAGUUUUUCCCAAAGUUAUCAGAGUUUCAUAUGAGGGGUACUUUGAGUGUGUGGCCAGCAUGCAAAACAACACUGAAAUAAAUGCCACUGUCAGCCAAACACACUACCUGAGGGUCAUCGAACCAGUACAAGGAGCAAAGAUUUUCCACCCUGGUCCAAAGGAGCUCUUUGAGGGAAAUAACGUGGAGCUGCAAUGUAACGUUACAGCUGGAAAUCAUUUGUCCUACAAGUGGCUGCUUAAUGAACGCAUCAUCUCACCAUCUCCUUUCCACCACAUUAUAGGAAACAAUCUAAUAAUCUACAGAGCCACCUCUGAAGACAGCGGCUCCUAUAGGUGCGUGGCUACCAACACCAUCAAUGAAACAAAGAUCUUCAUCUCCAACAGCUCUGAAGUAGUUAUCACAGUGAAAGACUUGGUGUCAAAGCCUGACAUUGUGUUCACCGUGUUAAAGGAGGAUUACCAAAAUUAUUCUGCUAUUAUCACCUGUCAGUCAGAAAGAGGAGCUCUGCCUAUAACAUUUUCACUGUACAACAACACAGAACUGGUCAGCAAUGUGACAACUCAAGAGAGACAUGCAACUUUUAAGGUUCCAGUUGUCAUGGACCAGGACCAUGGAUCGCUCCAGUGCCAUGCGAACAACGGGGACCAGACUGCAUACAGUCAAUUAUUGCCCUUAAAAGUUGUACCAGUUGAUGGACCUGUGACCAUUGAUUCCAAGUACGACAUGGCAGAGAACUAUGCUGUCAUUGGCCUGAGGUUUUACUGUAAGGCAGCAAAAGGAUCUCAUCCACGUUUCCAGUGGUUUCUCAAUGAAACACUUCUAAACACCCAAGGAAGUUUUUACUAUGUGUUUGACCGGCUGCCAGCAGAAUCCAUUCUCUUGCUGUCUGUGGGAAGGAGCAGCACCGGGACAUACCACUGUGAGGUUUCAGACAGCUUUGACAACACCACUGCUGUAAGCAGUAAGAGGCGCUAUUUGAAUAAAGAAGUGCUGAACCACCUUCCCAUCUUGGUGGUGGCAGUUGUCUUUGGAUGUUUUACAUUCCUGAUUCUCCUGGUGUCAUUUUGUUGCCUAUUUGGAGCGAUGUUCAGAAAGAAACAAAGUGGAGAGAAAUAUUUGCUGAAUGUGGAGAUGAACACAGCAGUUCCUUUAGAUGGAGACGAGGAGAUUUCGAUAAGUAGCGAGGACCACAAUGAGCUGACAGCACCCACAGAUGGUGACUUUUAUCAGGAGUCUGAUGCUUCUGUGGAUGAUUGGCCUGAACUUGAGGAGGAGAGGAAGACACUGGAGGAUGAAGAAGUUUAAGUUUAAGGACCCAUCUAAAACAUAUCUGAGAAAAGACAAAAAUUCUCAUUUUGUCAUCAAAAGCAAAAAAAGAUGUCUGACGUCAAACUGAAAAAGUACCGUAGUUUUUUAGGCUAGUUGUGUUGGCUUUAAGCUCCUUAGUUUUAAGGACUGUUUAC